AUGAGCGCCGCUAUCUUCAAGAACAUGGACCCCGAGUUCCAGCGGCUUGUCACCAAGGAGGCCGUCAGCGAGUCGGAUUCCUCCGAUAACGAGGCCCGUCAGGACGCCGAGGACGAGGAGUUCCGCAAGGAGCUGGCCGCCCUGCCGGCGGAUGUCCGUGCCAAGAUCCUUGCCGAGCUCGGCGAGGUCGAGGAGGCCGCCGGUGGCUCCGACGCCGAGGCCAGCUCCGACGAUGACGACGAGCAGGAUGACAUGGAGGAGGGCAGCCACAUUGACGUCAUGGGCAUCAACCUUCGUCUGAAUGAGUUUGGCAUCCUCCCCGGCCGCCCCCAUGCGCUCGAGUGGAUCGAGACUCUGGACCACACCUGGACUGACUCCUGCGCCGAGCGCAUCACCAACGUCGAGGAUGAGCCCGCUCGUGAGGCUAUCUUCCAGGAGCAGGCCCUCGCGGCCAUCCUCGAGGCCCGGCCCAAGGUUCUUGCCUGUGGCAUUCCCUUCGAGCGCCCGGAGGACUUCUAUGCCGAGAUGCUGAAGACCGACCAGCACAUGUCGAAGAUCCGCAAGUCCGUGCAGGAUCGCGAGCAGGGCAUGAAGCGCGCCGAGGAGGUGGCGCUCAUCCGCAAGCAGAAGCGCUUCGGCAAGCAGGUCCAGGCCGAGAAGCUCCAGGAGCGUGCGCGCGAGCGUGCUGAGGCUGCCGACCGCAUGAAGCUCAUCCGCAAGGGCCGGGCCAACAUGCCGACCGCCAAUGACGAUGAGUUCGGUGUCUCCAUCGACGAGGCCAUGGAGGAUGAGGACGACAAGCGUCGUGCGCGCCAGAGCAAGUACGGCCAGGGUGGCCCGAAGUCCAAGGCUGCCAUGCGGAAAGCCGGUCCGACUUCUGGUGCCCGGCGCGGGAGCGCCCCCUCGGGCCCGGGCAGUGCCCGCUUCGGUGACCGUCCCAGCGGCAGCGCCGGUGCCAAGGGUGGGUCUGCGCCCAAGUUCGCCGGCAAGGCGCGCUCGCGCGGCGGCAGCGCCGGUGCCAAGCGUCGCCCGGGCAAGACCGCUCGCAGCAACCGCUCCGGCCGCAAGUGA